AUGGCAAUGCCUUAUUCAACACUUUUAGAAUCAUCACAGAUUGGUAAUCAAGCUUUAGAACUACAAAAUCAAGGAAAUAAUGCGCCAUACAGAACAACGGUUGUCGACACUGUUGCAACACAUAUUAGAUCAUUUUACCGACUUUUUAUGAUAAUAAUAAUUCUUCUGAUAAUAAGUGAAAUCGGACUUGGCGUAAUUAUUAUAGCCUAUACCAAAAGCAUGUCUUGUCCGGCAUCACGUAAUAUGUCUUUAUGGCUCAGUAUAUGUGGAAUAGUAUAUAUAAUCAUGUGUGGAUUUAUUACGAUAAUCAUUAUUUUACGUACUACUUGUUGUUAUCAGAGAUUUGUUUGUCUUAAUAAUCUUAUUUAUACUUCUAUAGCACUUGUGCCUGUUAUAUUACUUAUGACAAGAUGGAUAAUACUCGUACCUGAUCAAGAAACGGAUGGUACAUCAUUUUUUCCAACUAUAACUCAAAUCAAAGCAAAAAAUUGUAAAAAAAUUAUCGAGUAUCUUAUCAAGAAAGAAAAUCUUAGUAUGAAAGUCUUUAUAAUAUUUAUAUUAUUCGUAUUUAUCCAUAAUUAUGUUUGUGAACAAACAGAUGAAAAGAUCUUCGAUGGUUCUGAAGCAACACCUCGUGCAUUUCCUUGGAUGGUUUCAGUACGUUUCAAUUUUCUCAAUACUUUCACAAGUACUUGUGGUGGUGUUAUUAUUUCUGACAUAUUUUUAUUAACAGCUGCUAGUUGUUUCGAAGGAAGCGGAAUGUAUCUUACACAGUAUUAUACAAUUAAGGCAGGCAUACAUUUACUUACAAAUGGAAAUGAAUCAACAGAACAAAUUAGUUUUAUUUCUCAUUAUAUUCCACAUCCAAAUUAUAUGUAUAAUGGUCUUCUUAAUGAUAUUGCAUUAGUACGAGUUUUACCACCAUUUAAAUUCGAUACAUUAAGUGUAGCACCUAUUUCAUUAUCAAAUUUAAUAUCAGUAGAAAAUAUGAAUUUAACGACAAUUGGUUGGGGUGCUCGAAAUCUAUCAAAUCCUACGGUAUUAUCUUUGACUUUACAACAAGUAACUAUACAAGAGAAUGUUGAAUGUACAAAGAAUAAAAUGAAAGAUCCAACUACACAACUUUGUGCGACUGGGGCUUGUAAAGGUGAUAUGGGUGGUCCAUUGAUGAUCUAUUCAGAUGAUAAACAACAAUAUGAACUUGUUGGUAUUACAAGUCAUCGUAAUGAAUGUACUACAGAAGGUGUAUAUACUCGUGCUGCUCCUUUUAUUGAUUGGAUCUCAGAUAUAUUAGCAAAUCCACCAUCUACUCCAAUGCCAAUACAAACAAUUCCAUCACAACCGCCACCAGUACCAACAACUCUACCACCAGAAAUACUUGGUCCUCCAAUUCCAUUUGUAUGUGAUACGAGUCGUUCAUGUGGAUGUUCAUCAACACCAGUUGUCUUUCAUGAUGAACCACCAUUUCCUCCCGUUCCAGAACAUAAUCAAGGUCGAAUUGUUGGUGGUGAAACAGCUCAACCUCAUAGUUGGCCUUGGGUAGUAUCACUUCGACAUCCUAGUUUUGGUCAUGGUUGUGGUGGAUCUAUUAUUAAUAGUGAAUGGAUAUUAACAGCUGCUCAUUGUUCACCAAGUCUCUCAUAUAUUGUUCAUAUUGGUGUUCAUGAUGAACAAUCACCAUCUUCUCAAAUUCGUAAUGUUGUUAAAGCAAUCGUACAUCCUCAUUAUAUACCUUCACCUAAAUUCAUCAAUGAUAUUGCUUUGAUGAAAGUUUCACCACCAAUUAAUCUUACAACAUCUGAUACUCAUGCUGGUCUUACUUGUUUACCACUACAAAAUGAUAAUCUAGACUAUCCAAAGGAAGACACACGAUUAGCAGUAAUUGGAUGGGGUACAUUAUCUUCAGGAGGUCCUCGACCAACAAAAUUACGUCAAGUUCGUGUUAAAACAUUAGCACAUGAUGAUUGGCGAUGUAUUAAUGCAACAUAUGACGAUACUCGACAAUUUUGUGCUGCGGUUGAUGGUGGUGGAAAAGAUAGUUGUCAAGGUGAUAGUGGUGGUCCGAUACAUCAAUGGCUUGAUGAUCACUGGGAACAAGUAGGAAUUGUAAGCUAUGGUAUAGGUUGUGCACUUGCAAAUCAUCCUGGUGUAUAUACACGAUUAUCAUUUUAUUAUGAUUGGAUUCAAUCUAAUAUUAAUGAAACACCUAUGUCAUCAACUAUAAUGACUACAUCAAAUAUUAUUACAUCAACAACAACUGAAUCAAGUAUUAUUACAACAACAGCAACUGAAUCUAAUCAAGCUGUUGUAAUAAAAACAAAUUUAUUUUUCACUUUAAUUCUAUAUAUUGCAUUUCAAUUCUUAUUUUUAUUAUAA